AUUUUAUUUACUAUCAUGAUUGUCGCAAUAAUUGCCAACAGUUUCAAUUUAUGGGUAAUUUAUCGUUCGCCGUCUUUGCAAACAUGCAGUAAUGUUUAUUUAAUCGCAAUAGCUGUAACGGAUUUUUUAACUGGCUUAAUUGUACUGCCGUUCGUAAUUGCAGUUGUUUUUACGAGUUAUAACCAAAUAAUUUGUCAAAUUCAAGGUUUUUUAAUCAGUAUCUUUAAUGGUGCUUCAUUCUCUCUUACUGUAGCCGUUAGUAUAGAACGUUGCCAUGCUGUUAUAGAUCCAUUUAAAUACAUAAGACGAGCUACUCGCCGAAAAUAUGUCACUGUUAUCACAAUAUGUUAUUGUUAUUCGCUUGCGUUAGGUGUAUUUCCUCUUUUAGGUUUAGAAAAAUACGGCUUUGGCCGUUAUCGUUUAAUAUCGACAUGUUGGUUAUCAUUUAAAGUAGAUCGAUCUAAUCGCUUCAUUAAUCCGGUCUACGCUAUCGGUAUAUCAUGUUCUGUUGUAGUAAUCGUAAGCUGCUACAUUGUCUUAUUUUUAAUCGCCUAUACUAAAUCAAACUCUGAAGCGGCUAAUCAUCGAAGUUUGAAAACUUCACUACGAACAAUCGUAUUAAUAGUUGGUACAAAUGUUAUUUGCUGGCUACCAUUUACCAUUUUAAUGAUGAGUGGAGUGGUUGCUUACUGGAAAUAUACAAGCAAUCGAGAAGUAAGUACUGGUCAGGCUCAAAUUAUAUUGAUACUGUCGUAUUUGAAUGUCAGCAUUAAUCCAAUCAUAUAUCUUUCUACAAACUCUACUUUACGUAGAAAUUUUCGUAUGGCAUUCUGU